AAUGUAGAUAUUACUGACCACAAUGGAUAUACCCCUCUGAUGCUGUCAGCCCACAAAGUAAUUGGCCAGUCUGGAUAUCAAAAAUGUCAAGGGACAAAGACCACUUGACCUUGCUCUUCAAACCAAAAAUCGCAUAAUUAUUCACAUACUUCAUGAAGAAGAAAAAAUUAGAAUUAGAAGAACAUCAGUGUUUUUGAGGUUUCUGGAAAAAAAUGAGUUCUUGCUAUUGUUUGUGUCAUCAUUGCUAUUGAUAUGGACAGUAGGAUAUGUAGCAAGCUUAAAUUCUGACUCAUGGCUGUUGAAAGGAAUCUUGCUGAUGUUCAUGUUGGUUACUCUGUCUUUUUUUGCAAGGUUGUUCAUAGGAUUCAACACAAUGAAAUAUUUUCCCGUAACAUUUUUGAUUAGUUCCAUCUUUUGGAUAUCAUGGACCUGUUUCAUCUCUUUCCUGCCUAAUUUUCCAGAUAUAACUUCACAGCUUCCUUUCUUUUUUGGCACGGUGGGCCUUAUCUAUUACUUUUACAAAACUGUCAGAACUGAUCCUGGAUUUAUUACAAGUACAGAAGAAGAGAUUAAAAAGAAUAUUAUUAACCUUGGGGAAUCUGGCUCUUUGAACUUCAGAACAUUCUGCACAACAUGUCUUAUUAAGAAACCUUUGAGAUCUAUGCAUUGCCAUGCUUGCAAUUCAUGUGUGGCUAGAUAUGAUCAACAUUGCAUUUGGAUUGGACGAUGCAUAGGUGUAGGUAACCAUGCCUACUUCAUCCUGUUCCUCUUUUUCUUGAUCUUGCUGAAUAUUUGGGCCAUACAUGGAACUAUUAUAUAUUGGUCAGAACGUUGUACAACAACAUAUCAGAAAGAUGGAGCUUGGAUGUCUUUCACACAGAUCGUAUCUUGUUCUCCUUGGGUGCUAUAUGUGUUCAUGCUCGUACUUUUUCACACUUCAUGGGCUGCAUUAUGGCUAAUCCUUCAGAUUUACCAGAUUGCAUUUCUUGGAUUGACUUCACAUGAAAGGACUACACUCUGGAAGCAGAGUAAAUAUUCCAAACAUCCUAUUUCACUUAGGAAGACUCCAUAUAAUCUUGGAUUCUUCCAGAACAUUGCAGACUUCUUUCAGUGUAGAUGCUUUGGAAUUCUCAAGCCCAACGUAAUUGAUUGGACUAAGCAGUACACUUUAAUGCUUAAUUUGGCAAAAGAUCGACACAUUCAUCCAGUGUGAAAGCGAAAAUCUACUCUCAACUGCCUGGAAUUUACUGAAUGUUUUCAGAAAAGAUAUUUAGAAUAUUUUAAAGUAUGUUGUGAAUUAUUUUGUUAUUUGCUAUGUGUCUGAUUGCUAUUUCAGAAAAAAAUGAAAGUUUACAUGGUUAAACUGAAGGAAACUGGAAAUGCAAAGGCAACCAUGGCUUAUGUAUAAUACUUUCAAAUACUUGGAUGUGAACAAAUAUAGUUGUGAAAUGUUACACUUCCUCAGCUUGCAAAAAAGAUUAUUUUUAAAUAAAGCAGGAAAAUCUAUCUAUGAUUCAUUUAUCUCCCUCAUUCAAAAUUUACACUCGGUUAAU